AUGGAUCUUAACAACGUCGGCCCCGAAGAGCUCCACCUGCUCACCACAAAACUCCGCGCCUCCCUGCGCCAAUACCCCAACUUCCCCCAGCCUGGCAUCCUCUUCGAAGACAUUCUCCCCAUCUUCGCCUCACCCUCCCUGCACGCUACGCUCCUCCGCGCCCUCGAGCUCCACGUCCAGGCCACCCACCCACCCACCCUCACCCCACCCUUCGCCGGCGUCGAUGUCGUCGUCGGCCUUGAAGCCCGUGGUUUCCUCUUCGGCCCCUCACUCGCGCUCAAGCUCGGCGCGGCCUUUGUCCCCGUGCGAAAGAGCGGAAAGCUCCCUGGCGAGUGCGUCAAGGUGGGCUACGAGAAGGAGUACGGCACCGACUUCUUCGAGAUGCAGAAGGACGCCAUCAAGCCUGGCCAGCGUGUUCUGGUCGUGGACGACAUCAUUGCCACAGGAGGCUCGGCGAAGGCUGCGGGUGACCUGGUGAAGAUGCUGGGCGGUGAUUUGGUCGAGUAUGUGUUUAUCUUAGAGCUGGACUUUUUGAAGGGGAGGGAGAAGCUGGACGCCCCGGUCUACACGCUGCUGACGGGGCAGGAGGAGGCAUUGAAGGAUGAGUAG